AUGUGGAGACGUUUGGAGGACGCUGCACGUAGAGAAGUGCGUCUAGCUGAGGACGCCGCUAGAGCUCGAGCGCGACGGCUAUCAGAAGACGAAGAGCAAAGGAUUGUUAGAUUGACACAAGAAGCAGAAAGGUCUAGAAUCAGGAGGCAGCAAGAAAAUGAGGAAAUUCUGGAAUUCCGAAGAGCUGAGGAUGCUACGAGAGCGAGACAACGCAGAGAGAGGGAAGAUGAGGAGCGGCGACAACAGCGCAACCUUGCUUCUGCACAACGGGAGCAGACACGUAGGAGUCGAGAAACAUUGGAGGAAACUCAGGAAAGGCGACGUCACGAAACUGAACGCUAUCACAACCCGGAAAAAUGGCGUUAUUUCGGAAAACCAAGAGCUCCUCAUUUGAAUGUUGACCGAGAUUAUCCGGACAGGGAACAGCAAUAUUUGCGACCAAUAACUUUCGCUUCGACAAAAAUACCAGGUUCCGGAGAU